CGUAAACAUUUUUUUUGAAUAAUUUUAGCAAUUUUCCAAAUUUAAAAUGGUUUUGAAACGUUCAAAAGGUUACCAAGACAUAGACGCAAAUAAUGGAUCUCAAUCAUCUACCAAUCCGAGAAUGGAUACGAAUAAUAUACCGCAAGACAUCGAGAUGGCUUCCGUUUCUGUAGUACCUGACGAUACGUUUACUGUAACUCAAGCUGUGAACGCUUUAGGAUUCGGUUGGUUCCAAGUGAAAUUGUCUUUAUGGACGGGGUUGUGUUGGAUGGCUGAUAGCAUGGAGAUGACUAUUUUGUCUAUUUUAUCGCCAGCUCUUCACUGUGAUUGGCAAAUUUCUAGGUAUCAACAAGCUUUGACCACAACUGUUGUAUUUUUGGGUAUGAUGUUGUCCUCAACAUUUUGGGGCAAUUUGAGCGAUAGAUAUGGCCGAAAACAUGCAUUGAAAUUAUGCGCGAUAUUGCUGUUUUACUAUGGACUUCUCAGUUCUGUUGCACCCAGUUUUAUGUGGAUUUUACUGUUGAGAGGACUUGUAGGGUUUGCAAUAGGUUGUACGCCUCAAUCCGUCACCUUGUAUGCCGAAUUUUUGCCCACAAAGCAAAGGGCAAAGUGUGUUGUGUUGCUUGAUUGUUUUUGGGCGUUGGGUGCAUGUUUUGAGGUAGCUCUAGCGCUAGUCGUAAUGCCAACGUUAGGAUGGCAUUGGCUGCUCGCGCUGUCUACGGGACCUUUGUUUGCGUUUGCUCUAAUUUGUCCAUGGUUACCAGAGUCUGCUCGAUUUCACGUGGCCAGCGGACAAACCGACAAGGCGCUCGAAACUUUAGAAAAGAUAGCUAAAGAUAACGGAAAACCAAUGCUCUUGGGAAGAUUAGUUGUUGAUGAUUCCUUCACAUCAAGCCCGCACAGAGGAAGGUUUAAAGAUUUAUUGGUACCUUCCUUGAGGAAGACCUCGCUGCUGCUUUGGUUUAUAUGGAUGGCUUGUGCGUUCUGUUACUACGGUUUGGUCUUGAUGACGACCGAGCUGUUCGAAACGGCUGCAAAUUUGUGUUCCGAUAAUAAUAUGGUAGUUCAAACUGUCGAUACUUGCGCUGCGGAGUGUAGAGAGUUGCAAACCACUGACUAUAUGGAUUUGUUGUGGACCACCCUGGCGGAAUUUCCAGGAAUCUUCAUUACCAUUGCAAUUAUCGAAAAAUUCGGAAGAAAGAAAACAAUGGCCGUGCAAUUUGUGGCGUACGCUUUUUGCUGCUGUUUUCUGGUUUUAUGCACAGAAAAGAGAGCCCUUCUUACGACCAUGUUGUUCUUCGCGAGAGGUAUCAUAGCAGGAGUAUUCCAAGCUGCGUACGUUUAUACGCCCGAAGUGUAUCCUACUUCUUUGAGAGCUGUCGGAGUGGGAUCUUGUAGUGCUAUGGCUAGAUUAGGAGCUAUGAUUACUCCUUACGUUGCGCAGGUAUUAUUGAGAUCGUCUGUCACCGUUUCGACGACAAUAUACGCUACCGCUGCCAUCUUGGCUGCCGUGGGUUGUCUAUUGCUUCCCAUAGAAACCAGAGGUAAAGAACUGACCGAGAACGUCCAACAACAGGCUAAUUCUGUAUCGACAGAUCGAUAAAUCGUGCGUCAUCGAUAAAUGAGUGUACACCGUAAACGGUUUUGGAUAUUUAUUUUUCGUCGAUUGAUAAAAGAUCUAUAGAAAUCAACAAAAAAGUUAGAUUAGUUUUUUGUAGAUUUUUUCUUUUUCGAUUUUUUGUUGAUUCUUGCUAAUUUUUAAUAUUUGUUCCGUUUUUCUCCAUCACUUUCUUCGAUACUUAAAGCAACUAUUUAGAAAUAUUUCCACUUCCAAGGCAACUAAUUUCCUCAGGGGAUCUGCGAGCAGAUACGGGUGUGGCUAUCCCGGGGCCCCUAGCCAGAGGAGAUAACCUCUUCAAAAAUCUAGCUCCGGAUGAAAUGUAUUUGUUAGUAGAUGAUCAAAGAGAGUACGAGACUGCAGUUCCAAAAGUCGAAAAUCG